AUGAAUCCGCUGACACGCCGCGGCACGUUGCUAGUCACGUUUUCGUUCCCGUUCAUUUACAACAGAUGUUUUUUGUGCAAUAAUGCAACAACGGACUGGGCAUUUUUGGCUUGGUAUGCGCCGUUUGUGAUGAUUUCUCAUUUGGCUUUGUUGCCGGAACUUACAAGUGAUGACAGCCGUCGAACAACUAUGAAUUCUGUGAGGUACGGAUCGACUGUAGUUGCAAAUUUGGUUAAUUUUGCUGUGAUUUCGUUGCUGCUGCAUUUCGAUGAUGCUGGAAGUGCGAUUGGUCCGAAUGAUCUUACGCAUUUUACUGCAAGUUUCCUGUUUUUUCCCAAAAUUGUUGUUGCCUGA